AAUCACAUGAGAUUCUUAGUACUCCACAAGCAUCUCAAGUCUCAUUAUAUAAAAUUAUAUAAGGCAAGAAAAGAAACAAACAAUCAUAUAUCAAAAACAUUGGUUUAAUUUGCAUUGAUAUGGAUUCAAAGAAAUCUAACAAGAUAAGAGAGAUUGUUAGGCUUCAACAAAUCCUCAAAAAGUGGAAGAAGGUUGCUACAAAUGCUUCAAACAACAACUCAAGUAGUAGUAGUAGUAAUAGUACUAGUAGUGGCAAUAAAGGUAUCAAGUUUUUGAAACGAACUUUGUCAUUCAAUGAUGUUUCAAAUUCCAAUGUGGACAUAAUUCCAAAAGGGUUUCUAGCUGUUUGUGUUGGGAAAGAGCUCAAGAGAUUCAUUAUUCCAAUGGAUUACUUAAAACAUCAAGCAUUUGAGGUUUUGCUACAAGAAGCUGAAAAUGAGUUUGGUUUCCAACAAGAGGGUGUGCUCAAAAUUCCAUGUCAAGUUUCUAUGUUUGAGAAAAUAUUGAAGGUGGUGGAAGAUAAAAAAGAAGCCUUAAAUUUGCAUGAGUUUGGAUUGGGUGGAGACAAUGUUACUCCCACCCAUCAUGCUCAAGUUUGUAGAUGAUCAACAUUCAAAUAUUCUUAUCUCUCUUUUAUUUAUUUAUAUCUUUUUACAAGUAUUUUUUUUAGAGUAACUAUAAAUGUACACCCUUCUAUUA